UGCGGGGCGUGAGGCGAGCGGGGCCGGCGGCAGCAUGAGCCAGAGCGAGGUGUCGCCGUGCGCGGCGCCGCCGAGCCAGCGGGUCUUCCAGGAGGCGGUGCGGCGCGGCAACACCAAGGAGCUGCAGUCGCUGCUGCAGAACAUGACGAACUGCGAGUUCAACGUGAACUCCUUCGGGCCCGAGGGGCAGACGGCGCUGCACCAGUCCGUCAUCGACGGCAACCUGGAGCUCGUCAAGCUGCUCGUCAAGUUCGGCGCCGACAUCCGCCUGGCCAACCGCGACGGCUGGAGCGCGCUGCACAUCGCCGCCUUCGGGGGCCACCAGGACAUCGUCCUCUACCUGAUCACCAAGGCCAAAUACUCCGCCGGCGCCCGGUGAUGCCGCGGGGCCGCCCCGCCGCCUUCCUGACAUGUCAAAGCUGCUCGGACUCCGUGGUUUUUGUGGUUUGGUUGUUGUUGUUGUUUUUUUUGGUUUGUUUGUUUGAUUUUUUUGUUUUUGUUUUUUUUUUUCGGCAAAGAAAUUUGGGGCCCCGCAAAGAUUUACUGAAAGCAAACAAACAAACACACCGCCAUUUACCUGCUUCUAAUUUUGUUUUUCUUCCAAGGGUUGUUUUCCUACUGUAAUUUUUUUUUUCCAUCUACCUCGGCUGCACUCACAGUAUUCACGGUUUCAGUUUGACAUCUGGUCAGAUGCUUUAAAACGGUUGUUCCCCCCCCCGCCCCUCCCUCCCCGGUAAUAUUUAAUCCUUUCUCCCCUCUCCUCUAACCCCCGUGGUGGCCUGUCCCUCGAUUUUAAAGUGUUCUGGCUCAGAACCGAAUUCAUUUCAACGCCUCCCUAGGUGCACCCGCGUCGCCGGGCGGUGCUUUCCCCCCGAGCCAGCUCCGACCACGCCGGGACUCGGCGCCAGCGCCCGGGCAGGUGGCUCCCGGCGGCCGCCGGCCCGUCCCCGCCCCGGAGGGGGCCGCGCAUCUUCCCCCGGCGGGCUUCGCCCAGUGUCUUCUACCGCUCGGUUUCAUUUUUUUGUCUUUUUUUUUUUUUUUUGAGGCAACUCCGUUGGAAUAUGACAGACAUGGUUUUCUCGCCCUGCCUGAUUGCUUUUCGUGCGUGUGCUGUUUUUUUUAAUUGUGUUUUUUGUGUUGUUUUUUUUUUGUGGGUGUCCGAAGAAAGUCUGCAUCCUCAGCCGAUUCUUGAAUCCAUUUAGCACACGUGAGAUCACAGGAAAAGACGUUGAAUCCUUCCUUCUGGUUUUGUGUGUAAAGGGAGGAUUAGUAAACCCUGAACUCUUCUUUUUAUAAAAAAAAAAAGUGAAAUAAACUCUAGAGGCAGAGGAUUUGCUUUUGCACAGAAAAGGGGCGCGAGCGCUCUCUGCUGCCUAGAGAGAUGCCUGAAAACUACUGAGAAAUAGUUUGGGAACUUUUUUCUUUUGGUGAAACUUGGAUAACACUUCUCAAUGCAGAAUGAUUCACUUGAUGUAUGUAGAGUCACCUGCCUUUUAUACUAUAUAUAUGUCUAAGUAUAUAUAUAUUUAUAAAAGAAAGGGAGGAAGAAGAGAAAGCCACCCUAAGUCGCAUUUUGAAGUGACUGCACGUAUAAUCGCAAUGCUGCUUUUUAUUGCUAUGGCACAAGAACAUCCAUUUGGAAAAUGCGGAAAAUUUCAGAAGUCUCCUCUCUCCCCCUGGUCUUUCAUCCCUCUUCUGUUCGUCUGCACUAAAACCAACCAUAUCACUGCCAUCUCCCUGCUCUUUCCUCUCUUACUCCCUUUAUCCAAACCAUUACAAUUAAAAAAAAAAAAAGUUACCUGCUGUUUUUUUGGGUUGUGUCUUAACUAUUUAUCAUGUAUGUAUAUAUUUGUGGGUGAAGUUUGUGAGCCUGGUUUUUGUUUGAAGCUGGUGGUGAGUGUUUCAAAAUAUGGUUUGGGAAAUAUGCUUUUUUCCUAGUCUCAAAACUAAAACCUUGAGUCUGCCAUUAUUAUUUCCCAUUGCACUGAAUAUUCUGCUUUGUCUCUGAUGGUUUCACCUGCAGUUUGUUUUGUUUCUUCCAAUUCAACAAUUUGAGUUAAGUAAAAAGCUCCAGAUUCAAAGAAGAAAAAGGAAAAAAGCCCUGUCACGAGUGUCUACUGUUAAUGCUGUAACUUGCAAGGAACUGCUUAGCUGAAGUCUUUUCUGUGAGCCUUGAAGGUGGUGUCCAGCACUUCCACUGGUGCUUCUGUGUAAUAGUUACAGGGUGGGAACAAUAUCUUUUCUAGCGAGGUUUUAUUGUUGUUACCAGAUGGUUGCACAUUUUUUGACUAAAUGGAUUUGCCACAAUGAAAUGUCAUAACAUUUAUGACAUAAUAUUAAAAAAGUGUAUUUUAAAGCCAAGUUCUAGAUGGAUUUUUAAAAAGAAAUCUUGGUUAUAAACCCAGUCUAAAGGGAGCUCUGUCCAGUGUUGUAAAGACAACAUGAUGUAAACCAUAUUUAUAUUUUUAUAAAAUACCUAUUAAGACUGUGAAUCUCCUGUGUGAAUUGCUGAGUGAGUUUAAGAAAAGUAUUGUUCCUUUCCAGCUUCCUGGAGCUUUAGACACGCUGAGAUUUUGGAAAUUGUAUGUCGGGGAAGGGGGUUUGCUCUGAAAUUGUGAGUUGAUGUAUUUUUACAUCCCUUUGUAUUUUACUGAAAAGCUGCUGCCCUUCCUAGUCCCUAGAGUUUCAAUUUUCUAUGCAACCCCCACACCCCGUCUCUCUUUAUCUUGAGAAGUAAAAGGGAUGCAGAUUGAUUCAAAUUGAAAUGAGGGUCCCCCCGCCCCCCUUGUUGGCUCAUAGUGCUGCUGACCCUUCACGCCAAAACGGGGAGUACAAGAAAAGAGGCAGGUGGGGGAGGCUCUUUCGUGCAUGACUGGUCACCUUAUGGCAGUCAUCUUUUUAAUUAUUAUUAUUAUUUUUGUAAGAAGAAUAUAUUGAUAAUGUCAGUGAAAUAAGCAGACAUUGAAGCUGAUGCACAGAUUGCUCCAGAAAGGAGUUUUUCUGUAGAUUUUUCUUUAGAUGCGAAUACCUUUUUUAAUUAUGUUAAUUAAUGUUAAGAAUUUUUAGGCUUAUAUUGAAGCUGUAUGUGGGUCACUAUAUGAUCAUUUCUAACUGGAUAAAGUCUGUACAGUACAGCAUAUUCCUGAGUGUAUGAUAUAGACGUGUAGCCCCAGAGUGCGAAAUUUAUAAAUAAAUUUUUCAUUGAUCUU